AUGGGUCGAGUAGAUGCAGCUGGUUCCAAGGGGAAGAAGAAGGGAUCUACAACAUUCACCAUCGACUGCGCUAAGCCUGUAGAGGAUAAGAUCAUGGACAUUGCUUCUCUCGAAAAGUUUCUUCAGGAGAGGAUUAAGGUUGGUGGUAAAGCCGGUGCUCUCGGUGAUGUUGUCACUGUUUCACGCGAGAAGAGCAAGAUCACUGUUACUUCUGAUAGUAACUUCUCCAAAAGGUAUCUCAAGUACUUGACCAAAAAGUACUUGAAGAAACACAAUGUCCGGGACUGGCUCAGAGUGAUUGCUUCUAACAAAGACAGAAAUGUUUAUGAAUUGAGGUACUUCAACAUUGCUGAGAAUGAAGGAGAAGAAGAAGAUUAA